GCUGAAUAACUAAACCUGUUGAUCUUCCAAUUGUCGACCAGAUGCACUCAGCAGUAGAAUAGUAGUGACACUUUGGACAGUUGAUGAAAGAGCCCAUGGACUUGUAGUGCCAUCACAUCGAUUAGUUUGGCUUUUGUAGUACUAUCGACCCCUCAGCGUGAGAAGUGCGCAGGUCUCAGCUUCUCGGCCUCGUCGGUCACCACAUUACAUACCUCGCUUAAUCCCCCCUCCCUCAUCAUGGUAUCCUUAUCAACCACACUCAGUGUCUUGACCCUCACUGCUUCAGUCUUGGGGGCUGGUCUCACCGGGAAGCCGUCCAAGCCAGAUAGCAAGAUCGCACGAAAUGUGUUGGAAGGCAAAUCACAAGGGUAUUGUUCGCCUUCUGGCCCUAUAGAGUCGACGCACUGUCUCUAUGAGACUGUGGAAUCCCUCAACACUGCUCUCUUUCCGAAACUUCAGAAACUCGUUCACUAUCCCUUUUUCCGACAUUACAAAGUCGACCUGUAUAGAGAGUGCCCGUUCUGGUACGAGAAUGCGUUCUGCAUGAAUAGAGAUUGCGGUGUGGAAGCGGCGGACGAGAGCGAGAUACCCGAGAAAUGGAGAGCGCGAGCGUUGUCUGAGGUCAGGCAUUCUUCCACUACGGACGGUGUGUCAGGCUGCUAUUUCCGUGAACAGGACUUUUGUUACAUUGAGGACGAUGCGACGCAAGAUGGCCAGUAUAUCGACCUCACGCUCAACCCUGAGCGAUUUACAGGUUACGCAGGGGCUUCAGCCCAUCAAGUUUGGAGAGCGAUCUAUGAGGAGAAUUGUUUUGGACUCUCUGAAGCUGCUAUGGAUGCGGCUCAAUCGGGAUCACAACACGUCAUAUCUGCUUUGGCAGGUCUCAGCGCAUCAGGAAAUGACGCCGGAGUGGGUUUCAGCAAGCUUAGUGAAGGUUGGGGAACGGAGAUGGUCAAAGGCGCUUUAAAGAAUGAUGAUAUGUGCGAGGAAAAAAAGGUGUACUACAGGGUCAUUUCGGGUCUCCACGCAUCCAUCAGCAUACAUAUCUGCCACGAGUAUCUUGACCAGACGACAGGCGAAUGGAGUCCGAACCUUCAAUGCUUCAUCAAUCGCCUCGCGACUCAUCCAGAACGACUCUCCAAUGUGUACUUCAACGCUGUGCUUCUAUUACGGGCAGUAGCGAGGGCCGGACCGUAUCUGGAGAAGUACGAUAUCGGCACGGCUCCUAGUUUGCGAUACACCGAUGAAAGGAGCGUUGCUCGGCGUGCGGAGGAUCAUCAGGCUCGACAAACCUUGAAAGAGGUGUUGGGUCUGGCUGACGGCGAGAUGGGCAAAGGGUUCGAUGAGAGUGAUUUCUUUGCCGGUCAGGAUGCCAAGCUCCUGAAAGAGCAAUUCAAAUCGCACUUCCGAAACGUGUCUCGAAUUAUGGAUUGCGUCGGCUGUGACAAAUGUCGACUUUGGGGCAAAUUGCAAGUCUCUGGAUUAGGAACCGCUCUCAAGAUUCUGUUCGAACUGGACGACAAGGCACUGGAUCCUCGGCGCAAUCCUGACCUGUUGCAACGCUCCGAAGUGGUCGCCUUGUUCAACACGCUUCAUCGAGUCAGCGAGAGUCUAGCGGCGGUUGAAGACUUCAGAAAGAUGUACGCUGUGACUCAAGCUGAGGAAGCCAGAACAUCGCGCAACCGCAAACCGAGAAGACCACUACCUCCCCCAAAGAAGAAUCUUCGCGACUACCUGUCCCCCAGUGCAGUCCUGGGCUUGGUUGUGUCUGCUUUGGAAGCUCUGCGGCGGAGUUGUCGGGGAUGCCUCGAAUUGUGCUGGCGUAAAAUCGUUCGGGGUUUCGGAUCAGAUAUUCUCCAGUGGUUCAGUGAUCUGUUCGGCCAGGCCAGCGCCAAGGUUGAUCUAUGAUGCAUCAUACCUAUUCGACAU